CUUGGCAGGAGCACCAUACUUAUAUGAGAGAGCUUAUCAAUGUGAUUUAUGUUGCAGUCUCUCAAUAUUGAUUUCUAAGUUCUUGUACUUUUAAAUAUAAAGAUGAAAAUGAAAAAGGAUAGCGAAAGGAAGAUGAAAGAGAAGCAGAAAUCGAGGCCUCAAGUAAAGACCACUCUCCAGUCUGAUGAGGAUUGUGUUUUAUCCAAGACUCCAAGUGGUGAGGGCAAGGCCUCCAGUAAACAUAUGACAACCAGCGUGCCUGGUAAUGCCGCCUUAUCAAAUGGAUUAAAAGGCCAUAAACGGAUCAGUGAGAGCAACCUUGGGACACUGGCAAAGAAACAGAAGCGUGAACUAAAGCGAAUGAGCGCUUCAUCUAAGGGUGAAAAGAACGGAAUAGGUCAAAGCAGCAACAGAGAAAACCUUUCUGCUCUGGAUACCCCCAGUAAGUGUGCUCCUGGUAAGCACAUACAUGUUCCUAAGCCACAAGAGAUGAUGAGAUCACCAACCACAGUCACAUCUCCGCAUAUAAAACAAGUAAGAAGAGACAAGCAUAGAAAGAAGCACCAGCACUCUACACCAAGGGUGUACAAGUGGACACUGCAGCUCAAUGAACUGGAUAAUAUGUCUGGCACAGAGAAGAUGGAGUUCCUGGAGGAUACACUGCAGGAGAUCAGAAAGCAGUACAUGUCCUUAAAGGCUGAAGUAGCUGCAAUAGACAGGAAGCGGAUAGAGUCACAAAACAAAGGCCGAAAAGUGUACAAUACAAGAGCAUCAAUGUCCUCUGUAUUUUCAUGGGCUGGAAUGGGUUCCUCAUCCUCGUCCCACAAAGCACUCUGCCUGUAGAGUGCAGGAGAUACGUGGCGUCACCUACUUCCCAUCAGCCGGCUGCCAAGGACACUUAUCCUCCAUCCCUUUAAUCCUACCACAUGAAGCAUUCAAUUAAUUUGCUAAGGAUUUUUUUUUUUCUUCAUUUUUUAAAUCUUUUUCUUAAAUAAUAAAUUAGGGUUAGA